CGUCACUUCCCUAGCGCGGGAUGGUAUCCUAUGCAGCUGUCCGGUAGAAGUAAACAGCACUGUUUUGGUCUAGUUUAAUUCAAUUAAUCGAUAAAUUCAACGCGUUACAUCUUAAAACGUGGGGUUAGUUCUCAACGACCUUCUGACGGGUGAUCUGCUGAGAGGGACUGGGUUGUUUUGUUCCGCGGUGGAACCGCGAGGCGUUGCUGUUCACCCCAUGAACGCGUUCUGCUGGAGCUUCUGAUGUAUUAAAACUUUAAAUCCAUCUCUUCAUCGGUGUCCCACCGGCCUCUCAUACUCGUUCUGACUGGUGCCAUGAAGCUACAGUGUGAUGUCGAGGUCGUCAACCGCAUGCUCCCCUCGUUCGGUAUGAAGAACCGAGGGAAGGGCGCCCGAGCGGUACUCUCAAUCGGGAAGCACCUGGACAAAACCACCCAGAGGACCAGCGUCUACAUGAUCAUCUGCACGGCCAAGGACAGGACAGGCUCCAAGUACAAGCUGAAGGACAACAUUGAGAAGUUCUUCACGCGGUUCGUCGAGGAGGGCAAAGCCACCGUCCGGAUCAAAGAACCAGCUAUUGACAUAUGUUUGAGCAAGGCCGACGCCAACAGCCUGAAGAGCUUCCUCUUCGCUGCGCGGCUGGCCGACCGCGGUAGCGACACCAGCAGCCUCCCGCUGGCCACCCUGACCCCGGUCCGCGCCCGCGACGUGGAGAAGCCCAAGAAGAAGCUCACCAUCGUCUCCAAGAAGGACUACCCGCUCGCCUCCAGCUUCCCCUACUCCCUGGAGCAGCUGCAGGUGUCCUACUGCAAGCUCUCGCGCGUGGACAUGAGGAUGCUGUCCCUCAAAGCUCUUCGUAAGCUGGACCUCAGCAACAACCACAUCAAGAAGCUCCCGGCCACCAUCGGGGACCUGGGCUGCCUCGCCGAGCUCAUCCUGCACAACAACCAGCUAGAGAGCUUCAGCGAGGCCCUGUGCCUGUCCACCCUGCAGCGCACCCUCCAGCACCUGGACCUCAGUCAGAACCGCCUGAAGGGCCUGCCCUCCCAGUUCUCCCAGCUCCGGGAGCUGGUCAACCUCAAGCUGGACGACAACAAGCUCCAGUGGCUGCCCUUCCGCGUGGGCCGGCUCUCCAAGCUGAGGUUCCUGUCGGCCGCGCACAACCAGCUGGCCCUGCUGCCCGGCGACUUCCGCAGGCUGAGCCUGGAGAACCUGGACCUGUUCGGGAACCCCUUCGCCCCGCCCAACCCCCUGGACCACAGCAUCCACCUCACCUUCCCGCUGUCGCUCCAGGAGCUGGCCAGCAGGGCGGUGGUCAACCUCAGGGUGCCGUACGGACCGCAGCACCUCCCCGCCCACCUCUGCCGGGACCUGGAGGUCUCCAAGGCCUGCGACUGCGGCGGCGCCUGCGUCAGCUUCUUCAUCCAGACGGCGGUUAGCAUGAACCUGCACCAGGUGUCUCACACGGUGGUGCUGGUGGACGACAUGGGCGGGACCGAGGCCCCGGUGCAGCAGCACUUCUGCUCGCUGUCCUGCUACUCCCAGUUCCUCGACAACUGCCUCCAGAGGGGCGGGCGGUAGGGUGGACCCCCAGGAGGGUGGGCUAUGAUGGACAACAUGCCCCAGACCAAAGCCUUAUUUCCAGGCUUUUGUUUCUUGAAAAUGUUACUUUUGGGACGUUGAUGUUGUCGGCCACGUGACAUCGUUUUUCCAGAUGCGAUGGACGAGAGGGAUUUUUACAAUGCUGCAUAAUUCAGAGGGAUCCUGGCUGCUCUCUUCCUAGCGGUGAUGUGAUGCAAAGGACAGACUCUAUUAUCGAAAGCACUCCGCACCGCCUGCAUCCUCAUUCCACCUCCUCCGACCAAACACGUCUUGCUUGCACUUUGAUGGUUGGAACACACACACACACACACACACACACACACACACACACACACACACACACACACACAGACACACAGACACACAGUUCUAUUAUCUUCUUGAUACUAUAAGUCAUGGUUUCUUUCCUCAUUCAAUUGCGAAAUGCAGAUCAUCAUUCUGCCUCGCCCUACUUCUGUGAAGUAAGAAAUCAGAGAUAUUCAUCUUGCUUUCCUCAACCGGAUAUGUAUUUUUGUCAAACAGUGUUUGUUUUUACUGAGCAAUUAUUUUAAAUAUAUGAAAAAUAAAUACAUAAAACGGGUGA